AAGAGGAAGAGGAACGCGUCAAUCGCGCGAUUGCGCGUGCAACCGCGUUCGUAUAUAAAGUGUCCUGAUACCGUGUCGAAACGAGGAUACUGUCUGUCGUCCACAUACGAUCGCCAUGAAGAGUGUAUCCCUUUUGCUCGUUCACUGUCUGAUCGCCAUCGGCUUUGCGAAGCCGCCGGUGUUUCUCGGCUAUCAGGACAGUCUGGGCCAGUACAGUUUCGGCUACAGCGCACCUGGAUCGGCCAGAUCGGAGGUCAGAACGUCCAACGGUGCGACCAGAGGCGCUUACAGCUACGUAGACGAAACCGGCGUCAUACAAACCGCGCAGUACGUCGCCGACGACUAUGGAUUUCGAGUGAUCGCGACGAACCUGCCGCAGGCGCCGCUUCCGGUCCAGGACACGCCGGAGGUAAUGGCCGCGCGGCACGAACAUCUCCAGGCUCUGGAACAGGCGAGGAGAAGGUCGGAUCAGGAGGAGGAGAUCCGGGAGAAUCAGGAAAAUGCGCAAGAAAGAAAGAUCGAGGGAAGUCAGAGCAAUGUCGUUCUUGAUCAAAACCAAUUGACGCUUAAAUCUGCGGAAACGCCGCUGAAAGAAGAUCGGAAUAAAUUGAAGAACGAGGGAAGAGUCGAGUCGAUGGAAGACAACGAGGAGACACUGCAAGCGAUCGCGUCGAGAAGUGGCGUUGCCAGUAAGGAAGGCGAAAAGCCGCAGAAUACUCUCGAGGAAUCCUCCGGAAAAGUGACGCAGCAAAUUAUCAGCGGCGCAAACGUCCAAGGGAAUUCAUUAAUUCCCUCGCUGCCGAUCUUUCGAAUCUCUUACGGAAGCCACGAGAUCGAACCUACCGUCAUACCGCAGUCAUCGAUCACUCAAGGUGCUUCUGGUCCGAUCACGCCAGCGUCGACGGGCUUGAAAAGCGAAAGAAUUCUCUUCUCGCAGAGACAAGCAACAACGCCGGAAAAGCAACCAGCGAGUGACGAGGAAACUCGAAACGUCAACGCUUUGAUCUCGCCGUCGACCUUAAUUCCUUUGAGACGCUCGCAACCGAGCGUUAUCGGAUACGUGUCACCGACGGCGUCGUUCCACUACGUCACCUACAACGUUCUGUAAAAAUGCACGCACAUCACAUGUAAAAUAAUAAAUAAGAGAUUUCGAAUCGUUCGCACAAUAAA